CUCUGUCCUUAGCCUUCUUCACCGCCAACGCCAUCUUAUCCAGUUAGACACGCUGAUGGUAUACUCUCACUGCUACUAAAAAGACCAACAACGCUUGUUGUAGAGAGAGAGAGAGCAUGGCGAUACCGUGCGCUUCAUCGACGGCCGUAAUGGCGUCUCCAUCACCGAAACCCUUGUGCCUCUCUGCGAAUAAGACUCCAUUUCUCGGAUUCUCAGUCGCAGCCUCAUCAAAGCCCUUCAUUCGAACCACGUCUCUGGUCAGUACUAAUCGGACCUUCCAGAUACGCUGUCAGGAUAAAGCAGCUGUUAUCCCAUUAGACCAGCGGUGGAUGUUUGAAGAAUCCGAAAUCGGUGGCCCAGAUAUAUGGAAUACGACAUGGUAUCCUAAAGCUGCAGACCAUGUAAACACAAAUAAAACCUGGUAUGUUGUUGAUGCUACUGAUAAGAUUCUUGGAAGACUAGCAUCGACUAUAGCUAUUCAUAUCCGUGGGAAGAAUCUGGUGACCUAUACUCCCAGUGUCGACAUGGGGGCUUUUGUCAUCGUGGUGAAUGCUGAAAAAAUUGCGGUAUCUGGUAAAAAGAGGACCCAGAAGCUCUAUAGGAGGCAUUCAGGAAGGCCAGGUGGGAUGAAAGUGGAAACCUUUGAGCAGCUCCAGCAGAGAAUUCCAGAAAGAAUUAUUGAGCAUGCGGUUCGUGGCAUGCUUCCCAAAGGGAGGCUUGGCAGAGCGAUAUUCAACCAUCUCAAGGUGUACAAGGGCCCUGAUCAUCCACACGAGGCCCAAAAACCCAUUGAGCUGCCAAUUAGGGACAAAAGGGUACAGAGGCAGAAGUAGAUUGUAAGCACGUUUGGAAACGUUGAGAGUUCAUGGUUGUAAACAUGGAGAGAGAACAAAUUUCAAUAUAUAUAUAUAUAUAUAUAUAUAUAUAUAUAUAUAUAUGUGGGUAAACUCCUCUUAUGUUGUUCAUUGUUCUCUAAUCUACUCUCUGUGAUACAAUUUUUGUUUCUUGAACCCCUACAAUGUUAAUUCAUUACAUUUUGGCAUUUGAAUUGAAUCAGUUUGUUUCUCUGGCAUA